ACACGUUUCCUCCUACAGGCCAAAAACAUGCAGCUAUGCAACCUGGACUUGCCCUGCAACGGACAGCAAUGCAACCACGCGCCCUGCGACUGACAGGACCACCUCGUGGCGCGGCGCUACCUGGAAUAUGCUGCAUGGAGAAGGAUGUUGUGCUUGAGGAGCUGGUUCACUCCAGGUCCUGGCUGAAUGAGGUGAACGCGGAGCUCCAGAAGUCUGUGGACCUCGCUGAGGUCAACAUCACAACUUUGCGCUCAGAAAUGGGCUUCCUGCGUAGUCAAGUCAAGAGCAUGGAGUGGUCUGUCGCAGAGGCGGAGGAGCUGACAGAGGAGCUGGAGGAGGUGCGGGCCCACCUGGCUCAGCAAGGAGUAGCUAACUCCGCCCUGCAGAUGACUAUCAGACGGCUGGAGAAGGAGAAUGAAUCUCUGAAAGAGCACAUUGAAUCCGUCACUGCCAAGAUGGCCUGCAUGCUUCCGCAGACAGAGAUGGACAAGGAGCGGUUCGCCAGUCUCCGAGGUGACCUGCAAUUGCUGCAGGACCAGAUGGAUGAGAUGAGACUGGCUCUUCUUGUCAAAGAGGAGCUCAUUCAGAAGAAAGAUUUUAUGAUUGAGGAGCUGGAGAGUUCGCUGGAUGAAUACGCCAUAAUAGCACAGGAUCUCAAAGAGAAGAUCAGGGAGCUUGAGCAGCAUCAGGAGGAGGCUGUGAUCAGCUGCAGCAGUGGUGCCUUUCAGCCCUUCAAUGGCAUGUUCUCUCCUCCCACCGCACCCUGCGUCUGCCUGAGCCAUGAGCUGAGGCUGCAGCCACCCCAUAGCACUCAGACACCUUUACCUGAAUCUUUUCACGAGACGCCAUCUGGUCCCCAGGAAGAGACUGACUUUGAGGAGGAGGAGGCUAUGGAUGAGCGGGAGAGGGAGCCCCCAGUGGAACCUGCUCCCCCUGAGCCCCUUUUGAAGAGGCAGGAGGUGCCCUGUUGGAGGUGGCCGUUGCAAGCAGUGGCUGCUGUGGCCCUGGGCCUUAUCUCUCUGGGGAUGAUCACCAUCACAAUGCCUGGCUGCCUGGACUCCCUGGUGACAAGCUGCUCCAAUGGCCUGCGAGCCAUGGGCCAAUUCAUCCUCCAGCCUCACUGCUCCCUCCACCAUGCAGACCUUCCCCCCAUCUAGAGAGCUUUUCCUCACCCCAAACAUUAAUAAAAGCACAGAUGCCCUA